AUGUACCAUCGCCCACACGUAAGAAAGAAGAAGAAGAAGAAGAAGACAAGUAGCUUCUUGCUGUCGGCAGAGAUCCAUCGCCGCCUCAAGCGCUUCUACGGAAAGCUUCAUGCAGUCACAUCGCCUGCCAACUGGCUUUGGCCUAUUCAUGGUUUGGAUGGGGCCUCGCGACUAGAGAAGAUCACGGAUGGCUUUUUACAAUCCUGCCAAGGGCUUCGGGUUCACUUGUUAGAGUUUGCAUUCCAGCCGGCAGAGGUCCAAAAGGUUUUGAGCACUGCAAAUGCAUGGAGCCCACCGCCUCCGCCGGCCAAAUCAAAUCAGUACGAAGGCACUUUCCAGUCCUUCCUGGGAGUGCGUGCGCUUCAUUUGGAGGUGUCUGUGCAGCCGCUGAUGACUAGGCAGGGCGGUGUUGAGUGCGCCCUCUUCCUCGAGCUGCGCUUGGGCCAAAGUUUGCCCGCCAGCGCCUGGGCGCACGUCCUGGUUUGGUCCGGGACAGAGGCCUUUCCUGGCGACGCCCGCGGCGGCGAAGAACCAGAGGAGCCCAUGUCAGCCAUGCAAGUCCGAUUGCCUAAAGGUUGCGUGUGCUCCAGUCUGCAAAGGGUCGCUCGUGGCUCCGUGCUUCAGCAGGCCCUCACGUCUCAUGGCACAGUUCGCACCCUGUUGGCAUUUGAACCUCAGUUACAGUGA